UGCAGGUGUACGAAGGCUUGGUUUAGAUUGAAGUGAAGUAAAAUUCUGAUGGACGGAGAUGUAUUUUCAGGCUUAGGAAAUGGAAACCGAGUUGACGGGAGGGUGUUACAGACAUUUCAAAAGAGUUUCGUGCAAGUUCAAGAUAUUCUAGAUCAAAAUAGGUUACUAAUCAACGAGAUCAAUCAAAACCAUGAGUCUAAAAUCCCUGAUAACUUGAGCAGGAAUGUGGGUUUGAUUAGGGAGCUUAAUAACAAUAUAAGAAGGGUGGUUGAUCUUUAUGCAGAUCUUUCAACCUCUUUUACUAGGUCAGCAGAGGCUUCUUCUGAAGGGGAGUCAGCCAUGACUUUGAAAUCUGAUGGCAAAGCCAGUCAGAAGAGAUUUAGAUCUGGGUAAAUUGUUCAACCUAGCUUUAAUUACAAACCCGAGCGUUUAACUAGAUUCAACUCCUAAAUUGCAGAAUAAAAAAGGGCAUUUUUAUUUUGGUGGGGAAGACUUGGAUGCACUGUGUAGUUCAUAUGUAAUAUUCACGGUUUUGAGGUUUUGAAAUUUAUUUCAAGUUUCACAAUUUAUAUUAGAAAUAACAGCUUGACAAAUCUGCAAUUGUAAUUUUGUGUAGUCAUGUUAUCUAAUCAAACUCAAGCAAUGAUUCUCUUGCAAAAUUUAGAUUGAAGUGAAGUAAAAUUUUGUGUAGUCA